AUGGGCAGAAGAGCUGAGGAGGAUCAUAUCAUAGGCGAGGAGGAAAUGUCGGACAAGGACAGCAGCUUGGCAAAAGAACAAACCACGAACAGACGCGUCCAGCGAGACCGGCACCAGGCUCCAGAAGACUCAGAAAGCCAGUCUCCGAUCGCCACCACGAAGGAUGAUGAAGCUCUUGUCUUAAAGACCUCAAUAGACGCGACCGACGAGGCAAUCGACCCACCUACCGCAAGAAUGAACGCGUCCAAGCUACGCAACAGGAGAUCAGCUUUCGUGCGUCGCUCUGAGCGAAACAGUUAUCGUCCAGGAUGUUACGCAGAUGCACAGUACUAUGAGGAGUCCUCGCAAGAGCCCGCCGCAACACAAGCUCUAGAAGAGGCAGAAGAUGAGACUCCAUCCACAUUCCUCCGUCGCUCUAGGCGGAACAUCUAUCGUCCAGGAAGUUACGCGAUUGCGCCGCACGUUGAAGAGUCUUCUGAAGAGCCAGCCGCAACGACACAACUCACGCGACGUGCCUCGCGAGCAGCCAGGGGUCAGGUUCGCAACAAUGCCAACUCUGCUACCGACCGCUCCGACGACACCGAACAUCAGACCAGGAAGCCCCGUGCUCGAUGGCUAGUACCAGAGGAUAGCUCGGACAGCUCAGGAGAUGAUCACCAGGCGCCAGCGACAAUUGACAGGAGCGCGAGCAGAUCUCGAAUGGCGAGMACAGCUUCUGAAGAUGGAUCGACAGCCGCAAGUCAUGUCGCUGAGCACUCGUGCACACCAUACCCAGAACUCGACGGAGUAAAAGAUGAAAGUGCUCCUAUCAAGCGAGAAGGCCAAGAGUCAGACAACAGCUCGUAG